AUGGCUAGCGAUGGAAGUGAAGAAUUCAAGUUGGUGUCACCAACAAUAACACACGAGGCAAGACUACCUAGACACUACACAGACGAAGGACAAGGAGCAAAGAAAAACAUAUCACCACCAUUGGAAUGGUACAACCUACCAAAGGGAACAAAAACUCUUGCUAUUGUGGUUGAAGACAUCGAUGCACCCGACCCAAACGAGCCACUCGUGCCGUGGACUCAUUGGGUCGUGGUGAAUAUCCCUCCGACAGUGAAGGGAUUGCCGGAGGGAUUUUCUGGAAAAGAAGAGGAGAUGGGUGGAGAAUAUGCUAAGAUGAAAGAAGGGAACAAUGAUUGGAAACAACCUGGUUGGCGUGGUCCUAGGUUGCCAAAUCAUGGUCAUAGGUUGCAGUUUAAGCUCUAUGCUUUGGAUGAUGAGCUUCAUCUUGGUAACAAGGUGACUAAGGAGAAAACUUUGGAUGCUAUUCAGGGGCAUGUGCUAGGAGAAUCAACCUUGAUGGCUAUAUACUAA